AUGGGUAAGUCUAUAGAGUUGGCGAAGAUCCUCCAGAAGAGGAGGGUCAAUAUAGCUUGUGUCCAAGAGACAAGGUGGGUAGGGUCGAGGGCAAAGAACGCAGACGAGUAUAAACUUUGGUACUCAGGAGUCCAGAAAGGUAAGAAUGGAAUGGGUAUCUUGGUGGAUAGGGAACUUAGAAGAGUUCCGCCUGCUAAGAAGCUAUUGAUAGGAGGGGAUUUCAAUGGUCAUAUUGGGUCGAUCGCUGGCGGUUAUGGAGAGGUACAGGGAGGCUUCAGUUUUGGGGAGAGGAACGGAGGAGGUACCUCGCUGUUGCACUUCGCUAAGGCUUUUGGGUUGGUGAUUGCGAACUCUAGCUUUUCGAAGAGAGAGGAGCAUUUGGUUACUUUUAAAAAUACGGUGGCGAAGACUCAGAUUGACUAUCUCCUCCUUAGGAGGUGUGAUAGAGGGCUGUGUAAGGAUUGCAAGGUGAUUCCGGGUGAGAUACUCGCGGCGCAGCAUAGGCUCUUGGUGAUGGACGUUGGUAUUAUGUCAAAGAGGAGGAAAAGGUCUGCCAGAAGAAGACCAAGAAUCAGGUGGGGAGCCUUAACUAAGGAUAAAUCCCAAGAGUUGGAGGGGCGGUUGUCGGCUAUGUGA